GUGGGAUAAGAAGAGUUGCGGUGGCUUCACGGCGGCUGGGAAUGCCUCGUCAAUGAUUUGUGGCGAGAUUUCCCACGUGUUGGACUUCCGCGGAAAUUCCCUCUGUGUUGACACUGCUUGUGCUUCCGGGCUCUCAGCACUGGCGCUAGCCAAAGACGAAGUAAGUCUCGGACGGGCUGAAGGUGCCGUUGCCGCUGGAGUGAAUGCCAUCCUCAGUUGGAAGACGUCUUCUGCCCUGGUGCAGGGCCGAGGCGAAUUGAAGGUUCAAUGGAACAUGCUUCGCUGUCACGGGGGCCAUCUCAUUCUUCCAGAAGCGGAGCUCCAGCAAUGGGCAGCGAGGAUGAUCUCUGAACGUUGUCGGAGCUUCGACCAGCGAGCGAACGGCUACGGUAGGGCCGAAGGAGUGGUGGCGGUUGCCAUCAAGGAAGCCGGGACAGCAGGCUGUGCCUUUGCGAAGAUUCUGGGAAUCUGCGCGAACAACGACGGCAGAUCCGUCACCCCUAUCACACGACCAUCCACCGAGCAGCAACAAAGCUGCAUGAGAGAUGUUUCUGAACAAGUGAAGCAGGCUCUCGCGGCAGUGGAGUGUCACGGGACUGGGACGAAGGCUGGUGACCCCGUCGAGGUCUCAUCUGUCACGCAGGUUUUCUGGCAGUCUGGCAGCCCCAGCCUACCCAUCGGAGCUAUCAAAGCCAACGUGAACCACACUGAGUCAGCGGCUGGCCUGGUAUCGCUCCUGAAAUGCUGCCAUGUGCUUGCGUGUCGGGGCAUGUUUGGCCACGGUGGAGGCUUUUGGCAGCCCCAAUCAAGCAUUGAUGUUGGGCCGCUCUCGCUGAGCACAGAAUUCCAGCAGAUCGAAUCCAGGCCUGUGGGCGUAAACUGCUUCGGCUUCAGCGGAACCAAUGUUCAUGCACAGCUUGGCCCGGCCAGUGAGGGCAGCAUGGCUGGUGAGGUGAUGUGUCGCGACCAGGUCCUUAUCAUCUCAGGCAAAACGGCGGAGGCGAUGAGCCGGCAGCAAGAGAAGCUGAGCAGCGUGCUGCAGAAUGAAAAGCUGUCCCCGACGGAUGUGCAGCAACUGGCAAAGCAAGCGGCACGACAAGAAGUGCACAAGCACCGCAAGGUGUUGCUUGUCUCAGAAUCAGAGGACCCGAAGGGUCUGGUUGAAGUCGAGACGUCGAAGGAUGCUGAGGUUCCCCUGAUAGCCCUUGUCAUUCCCGGGAACGGCUGCCAGGUUCCAGGGCUUUUCCAGGACUUGAAGGCUGCUUUCCAGUGCCGCGGUAAACACGUGGACUGGGAUGCCCUCGUGUCAGGCGAGGAUCUUCCAAAGGAGAUCUUCAACCAGCAGGUUAUGCUCUUUGCUUUCUCGAUCCUCGCUUCAAGCUUGGUGUCGCAUGCCGGCCUGGAACCCUAUGCAGUGAUCGGCCACAGCGCUGGCGAAUUGCCGGGUGCCUUUUUGGCAGGCGCUUUUGACCUGCAAGCAUCUGUGGACCUCCUGCUUGCGAAGAUCGGGAGUUUGCACGCACCAGAAGGCACCAUGGCGGUUGUUCAGGGCGUGGACGUCCAAACUGUCAGAGAAGCCCUCGAAGAGUUUAACACGUCCGUACCGCCCCGUGAGCAAGUUCACGUGGCGGCCGAGAACAGCAGCCAGUGCUGCACAGUAUCCGGGCUCCAGGAUUCUCUCAAGAAGGUGAAGGCAGAGCUGGAUAUCAAGAAGUGGAUUGACUUGCAGCUUCCAAUGGCCUAUCACCAUGAAGAGCUCUGCAAGCCUGCAGCUGAGUUCUUUGAGAUGGCUUGCAAGCUUGAGCCUCGAGCAGAGCAGGCAAGAUGCCGCUUCUUCUCCACUGUGGAAGGGCGGGAGGUCCGGAUUAGCGACCUCACGGUCGAGUAUUGGAAGCGUCACACUCUCCAGAGUGUGCAAUUCGCGAGCGCUGUUCGCACGCUGUUGCAGCGUGAGCAAGGCCGUCGCAUCAUCUUCCUGGAGCUGAAGAGCCAGAAUGCCCGCCACAUCAUGAACAUUGCGACAGAGACCGGGAGGGCAGGAUCGGUGAAGGUCGAGUCCUUGACAGGGAAGAAGUCCUGUGCUACGAUGCUUGGCAUCCAGAAAGCUUUGGCGGGGAUCUGGGAGCAAGGAGAGCUCCUCAGCAUCGACCUCGAUUGGCAGCAGCUCCUCCCGAGAGAAGUUCCUGGCUGCCAGCUCGGCCUGGCACACAUCCUGGCUGUGCAGUUCGACAGGCGUCCGGGCUGGGAAGCGAGAGGCGGCACGGAGAAGGAGGCCUUGAGCCAGGAAUGCGCGAAUGAGUCUGAUAGCCAGGACGAUGCCAGCAGCUCGGAGACUUCCACCAGAAUCUUGGCAUCUUCAGUGAAGUUUCCGAUCAGCGAGCGAGGGACAUUCUUCCGGCUCCUCACUGGGGGCUGCGGAGUUGCAAAUGUCGUUGGCCACGUGGAUGUGACGCACGUGCAUCUCACUGCGGAUAUUCCAAUCCUCAGGCAGCACCAGCGCAAUGGCAAAAAGCUGGUCCCGGGAGCACUCUUGAUGGAGACGGUCCUUCAGAGCAAAGACUACCGCUUCCCUACCUUGUCAAACUUUCGCUUCCAGCAUCCUGCCGGAGAAGGGGCCGUCAGCAUUCGGGUGCUGCCAGACGGGCAUGCCACCAUCAAGAGUCAGGAUGGCCAGCUGCACUUUGCGGAAGGCUUCCUUGAGGAGCAGCGCCUUCAGUCUGCAGAUUGGCGCAAGAUCUCGGAGCAGCUCUCAGCUUCCACUGGAGGAAUCCGUGGGUGGUUCCACAAGCAGACGACGGUCACCGCUUCGGAGUUGCUUCGUUUGUUGGCGCGGGCAGGCUUGCAAUAUGGGCACGACCUGGCGAUCGAGGGCGAUGUGACAGUGAGUUCGGCCAACAGGUCGCAGCCUUGCUUCGCCCUCGGCUGCGUCAAAAGCGCAGAGGCGCUCCGCACAGGCGCCUUGCACACUGGCGGUGGCGGGGCCGUUCUGCUGGACCAGGCGUUGCAGGUGAGCUUGGGGCUGUGCCUGUGGCGACUUCCUGAAGAUGUGCGGGCAAAGGGGGCGGUCCCGACGAUGGUCGAACGGCUCACGGUCUUUAACAAGGUUGCACAUAUAGAGCUCGCAGCCCAUCUGCCGGAAGUGAUGCUCGAUCUCUUCGAGAACAGCCCUUCUUUACGAAUUGUCAUCAAAGCGCAGCCUGACUUUUGCUCGGCCAUUUGCGCAAGUUUUGCCCUCGAGACACUGGAUGGCACGACUGUGGUCGAGGCCAUGAAUUGUUGGGCCAAGCUGCUGUCAUCGAAGGCCGAACCAAUCCAUGAGCUGCUCUGGAACAUUUCAGAGACUCCGCUGAAGCUCAGUCCCACUCCCGGCAUCGAAAAGAACCCGGGGCACGUGGUCUUUUUUCACGUGGGGCUCAUGUGUUCAGCCAAGGCUGAGAGAAGCAUCUUGCCAAAUUUGCUGGAGAUAGACGCCUUCAAGGAUGCGGAGGUCACGCUCAUCGGGCACGAGCGCCGCAGUGUUCCUUCCAGCUUGUCGCUCUCGGCAAUCUCCGCAUUCGACGCAUUGACCAUCGUGUAUGAGUGGACAAGCUCCGAUGCUGGGGAGACCGAAGCAUCCGCUCUCCAGGGGCUUCGAAGGUUCAGGGAAGUCAUGUGCUGGUGUGCGCACCGCCGAGAGGCCAGGCGGCUCCGAGUGGUGGUGCUUACGACGCAGAGCCCACAGUUCGGGGGCUCUGCGGAGCCUGGACCUGGGAUGUACACGGCCAUGUGCAAAUGCCUGGUCAACGAAGAGGUCCCAGGCCCGGCUCUUCCACUUUUCCUCUCACCUCUGCCUUCCCCUGACCCUUUUGUCGCCUCCAAGCAGGACGUGGACGCCUCCAUUCGGUCGAAAUGGCCGACCAAACAGCUUCCAGCAUUUCUCAGCUGGGAAGGGUCAUUCUCCAUCCUCCUGCUGACUGCGCCGAACUACUGCGUGGUGCGGCGGCUCGAGUUGCUUCGGCAGCCCCUCAGCUAUGAUGGCCUCAUCGCAGGCAAGCGUCCACCCGUCAGUUCCGACGGCAUCUACCUCGUGGUCGGUGGAGCUCGCACAAUCGGAUUGUCGGCCCUCGUCGUGGAAGUGCUCGCAAGCAUGGGCGCGGGGACAGUUGUCGUCAUCGGUCGCAGAAGUGCGGAUGGAGACUUCGAUGCCUUUGCGAGGCGCUUCAAAGGGACCAAGGUCCAGGCAGUCGCAGCUGACAUCACCAACACAGAGGAACUGCUCAAGGCUUCUUGGCAGGCUCUGAAUCGCAUUGGCGUGAACGGCAGCCGGGUGAAAGGCAUCUUGCACGGCGCUGCUUGCUUCGACGGGGACAAGAUGUUCCGCAACGUCUCAGACGAGGACUUCGAUGCCACCAUGCGUCCGAAGGUGCCAGGAAGCCUGGCCCUGCUGGAAGCAGCAAGAAAAGCGUUCGGAUUCCUGGAGUUCUUCACCUUCCUCAGCUCCGUGGUGGUCUCACUGGGGAACUAUGGUCAAGUGGCCUAUGCAGGUGCUAACGGCUUCCAAAACGACCUGGGAGCACACUGGUCAGCGAAGGUGGGCCACAGCGAAUUUGGGCACUGCAAGUUCCAGGUGAUCAACUUCACAGUGUUGGAUGAGGUGGGCGUCAUGAACGGCAAUGCUCACCUGCAGCAACAGUUGGCCGAAACCCGGGGCUUUCCUGCCAUCAACAAAGCCACCAUCAUGCAGAUGCUGCAGGUCGUCCUGUGCUCCGACUUGCGAAUGGUGACGGUGGCAACCUUUGACCGGCACCAGCUACCCACCCUCGCGCUCGCCAGCAAUCCUUUUGUGGCUUCCAGAUUCCACACCGUCAUGCGCCACUUCGGCAUCCCGGAACCGCAGGUCGCUGAGAGUGAGGCAGACACCCCACCCACCCCACCCCGACCAUCGCAGGCUCUUCCCACCCCAUCGGCCAAUUCCCCGUCGCCCGCAAGCGAGAUUGAGUUGCCUGUCCAGACGCGAUUCGUUGACCAGAUACGGCGUGCAUUUACGCCCGCUUCGCACAAAGAAGCACCGGCACGGUUGCGCCCACGCGACAAGCUGCUGGAGAAGCUUGUGAACAUCAUGGCUGUCGCACAGCUCGACGAGUCGCGGCCUCUCCAAUAUCAAGGGGUCGACUCCAUGAUUGCGAUCGAGUUGCAGCAGAAGCUGAGGCUCUCAGGCAUAGAGGUAUCCCUUGACGACCUUCAGUCUGAGGAGCCCCUUGCAGAUCUCUUGGCAAGAAUGCAACGCUAG